AUGUCUCAGUUAACACAAUUCGCGACAUUGUCUACCUUGAUGGAGGAUCAUUGUGGUGGAAGCGGAAACGGUCACGGGCUGCUCUACUACCUCAGUCUCGCCACAUCCUUCGAUACUACGACCUCAAACCUGACUGCCUUGUUCGGCAACAUAUCUAAAGCCGGAGGAAUUGCGAACAAUAUCGCCCCGACCUACCGCGAUGGAGUCAUGUUCGCCACCGAUAACGAGCUCUAUCUCUACGGUGGCCUCCUGCGUCUCACAGACAGCCAAGACCCCCCAGCCGGCAACACCGUUCUCGGCUACGAACGGUACCAGUAUGGCCCAGACCGAGAGUCCUGGCAACCGGGCUUUAUCAUCGACAAUCUCGACAGCGGAGUGACCAGAUACGUGACGAAUGGCGCUGGAGUCUCCGCACCGAGCGAAAACCUCGGGUUCUAUUUCAGCGGUAUGCGCGGGAAGGACUGGGGGCCUAUCUAUGUUGAUGAUGAGUCCGCCAAUGUUACAUCCGACCGUAUGAUCAAGGUGGAUAUGUCGACCAUGCGCGAGAACAAGUGGUCCAAUCUGUCGUUACCGGCAUAUGUCCCUCCGCGUGCUAAUUCCGAGCUCGUUUGGAUCCCUGUCGCUGAGGACGGGGUCUUGGUAGUGAUUGGGGGAGUGAUCAAUUCAGCCACGAUCUUUUCCUCCGAGGGCUUGACGAGUGCCCAGCAGAAUGCGAGUAAGAGGGCAAGUCCGAGGUUUAUGGAGACAGUACCCGUCUACGAUGUCAGCGGUGAGAGAUGGUAUCUGCAAAACACGACUGGGGACAUUCCUCCUCAGCUGACGCAGUUCUGCUCAGUUUAUGCGAGUGCACAAGACGGAUCUUCCCACAACAUCUAUAUCUACGGCGGCUACGACGGGCUGAGCACGGAGAACACACCGUCCGACGAUGUCUAUGUUUUAUCCCUACCCUCCUUCAGCUGGAUCAAGCUUUACAGCGGAAAUAGCCCCCACGGUCGGAGUGGUCACCGCUGUGUCAAACCAUAUCCGGACCAAAUGCUUGUUCUUGGAGGAGUGCAUCUUGACCCUACGCAUUGCCUGGAUGGAGGUGUGAUCCAAGUGUUCAACUUAAAUACCGGCAGGUUCCAAAACACCUACAGCCCGACACUCUGGAGCGAGUACAAAGUUCCAGACUUGGUGACUGCCGUCAUUGGAGGAGACUCCAAAGGCGGCGCCACAAAAGUAUCACCCGCCUCCUGGACCAAUUCUUCUCUGGCGGAUGUGUUUAAAAGCAAGUACACCAAGACCAUUAGCACCUGGUACCCUUACAACAGCACCGCUAGCGGCUCACCUACCAUCACCCCAGUUCCAGUUCCAGACAAAGGCUCCAGCUUCCCUAGCUGGGCCGGCGCCAUCAUUGGAGUUAUUGUAGGGCUCAUUCUCAUAACAGCAGCGGUUAUAUUCUGGUGUGUUCGUCGCCGUCGCAGGCCCCACGAUUCGCAAUCCACAAGCGAGCAAUCACGUCGAUCCUGGAUCCUUCGGUGGAUGCACGCCGGUGGGGGGACAACUGGCGUGCCAAAAUCAAGCGACACGACUGCAUCAACGGGGUAUAGUGCAGCCGCAAAUGAACCGAAUAUCACGCCAGCAACAGCGAUGUCACCGUGGAGUGUGGAGGCAGGUGGUGAUCCCGUUUACGAGAUGCUAGGUCAUACCACCACACUCCCCGUGGAACUUCCCACACCGUAUAACAACAAUGUCCUCCCCAGUCCGGUUUCGACCUCAGGCGUCUCGGGCAUGGAUUAUGUAUCCCCCGUCACGGUUAGCACGCCCAGUACAGAGGGUGCACCGAGCCCGGUAAGACCGCUACAUCAUCGCCAUGUGUCUAGUUUGUCUACUGCGCCGAGUAUAGUGAAUGUGAUGCGGGAGGAGAGUGGCCGCAGGCAGACAUAUAGGUCGGAUAUAUCCGAAGGGAGUGUUGACCUUGAGGGUCCGAGGGGUGUGGAGCUGAGUGGGAGUACUCCCCAAGAACGAAGGUUGGAGACAACAAGAGAGGUCGACGAGGUUGGGGGUUUGGGGAUCAAAGAAUUGCCGUAG